CUACUUACGGAAGAACAACUGGUGAAAGUGGAGUUUACGAGUUUAAUGGACGAGGAAGGGAUAUCUGUCAGCUGAAUAAUAGUGAAGUUUGUCCUGUAGUAUUGUCCCUUCACUGAAAAUCUAUAAUGCCUUUGUUUGGACAAAAUCCCUUCGACCAGGAUGUGGAAAAGGCAACCAGCGAAACCAACACCAUUGAUGACUGGGGUCUCAUCAUGGACAUUUGUGACCGCGUCGGGACGACACCCAAUGGUGCAAAGGACUGUCUCAGGUCAAUUAUGAAGCGUGUCAACCACAAAGUCCCACAUGUGGCCAUGCAAGCACUAACCCUGUUGGGAGCUGCUGUUUCCAACAGCGGCAGGAUCUUCCACCUAGAGAUAUGCUCACGAGAGUUUGCCAGUGAAGUGCGCAAUGUGUUGGCUAAGGCCCACCCUAAGGUGGGUGAGAAGUUGAAGGCUCUGAUGGUAGAAUGGGCUGAGGACUUCCAAAAAGAUCCACAGCUCAGCCUCAUCAGCGCCACCAUCAAAUCCCUGAAGGAGGAGGGGGUAACUUUCCCUUCCAACAAUCAGAGCUCCAGUGUGAAGACCAACAGCACCCCUGCCCCCAGCAGAAACACUGAUGAGGAUGACCUUGCCAAGGCCAUUGAGCUGUCCCUGCAGGAGCAGAAGGUGGAGACGCGGCCUCUCACCUUUACGGCCGACCCACCCUACAACGUCAACGGAGGCAAGGAGUCACGGAAAGUGCGGGCCCUCUACGACUUUGAGGCGGCCGAGGACAACGAGCUCACCUUCAAGUCUGGCGAGCUCAUCAUCAUCUUGGACGACAGUGAUCCAAACUGGUGGAAAGGAGAGAACCACAGAGGAGUCGGCCUCUUCCCCUCCAACUUUGUCACAACUAAUCUAAAUGCUGAGCCUGAAACAGCAGCGUAUGCGGAGAGCGCUGGGCCUGCUGCCGCUGUGGAGGAGGAGGCCAGCGUGGAGGCCACGGCCGAGCCAGAGCCUGUGUUUAUAGAUGAGGAGAAGAUGGACCGAGCCCUUUACUUGAUCCAGAACACCGACCCAGCCAGCACAGACCCGGACAGUCAGGAGCUCAUCCAGUUAGAAGGUGCCUGUGAGCAAAUGAACCCGCUGAUCGAUGAGAAACUGCAGGAGAUUGACAGGAAACACUCAGAGCUCUCAGAGCUCAAUGUGAAGGUGCUGGAGGCCCUGGAGCUCUACAACCAGCUGAUGAACGAGGUGCCCCUCUACUCGCCCUACUCUAAGAUGCAGCAGGCCCACCAGCAACCACACUACCAGCCCUCUGUUCCCAUGCAGGGGUACCCAGGGCAGUUACCAGGCGGCUACAUGCCCGCUGGGGUCCCCCAGGGCCCACCGGCACCAGGCCAGGCCUACAACAUGAACCCAGACCAGCCCUCUGCCCUCUGCUCCAUGCCCCCUACCGUCAACGGCCCCACCACCAGCCAGCCCGGACCCCAGCCCCAGUACAUCAGCAGUCACAUGAAUCCCCCAUAUAUGACCCAAGCUCCUGGAGGCCCUUACCCACCACAAGCGGGUAUGGACAUGUCAGCCUAUCAGAACGCUAGCCACAGCAUGCCAGGCCCCUCCUACCCAAUGGCAGGCCCCCCCCACCCAAGCUCCCAGCCCCAGCCGGCGGCCUUCUACCAGCAGCCUCUCCUGUAACGCAGUAACGCAGUGCAAUAAACUUCACACUUCAGCCCGCGCAUAUCCUUGUCAAGUGCAGACACGCCUCCGUAAGUUAGGAUGAAUGUAUAGUCUCUGUAUGGUCUCUCUACUUGGGCCUCUUCUCUCCUUUUACCAACCGUGGCGAUGGCGAGACUUUUUUUUGAAGGUGAGCGGAAGUCGGGUUUAGAGGACCUAUACCGAGGCACAGCUGUCGGUUGAUAGUGCCCAUGAACGACGUUUUCUCUACAGUCAAAAUCCAAAAGCAAAAGUCUUGAUAUGGACUGCUUAGCUGGUUAGCUUGCUAGUGCACUCUCAGUCACUUGGAUGUGUUUGGAAAUAGUUGAAAAACUGUUGCACAAUACCAAAAUAGUAGUGCGUGAGCGUGUGCAAGCUAACAUAGCUAACAAUCCCUUUAGGCAUG